GAAAACCAAAGAUAUCAGCUUCGAGGAAGCUCAUGCUCAAGAGUCUGAUGGUGGCAAAGGCAAAGGAGGAACUCGAGCAAGAGAUCCUGGACAAAGAGGAUGAAAAACAGAGGUACCUGGCCGAGAGAGCUCCUCCCCUCAACACCGGCUACAUGAGUCUGGCACAGUUACAGGAUCUGUGCAGAGAGCUUCAUUCUAAAAUCGAUGUCGUGGAUGAGGAGCGAUACGACAUUGAGGCCAAAGUGAUGCUCAACACACGUGAGAUUAAAGACCUGAACAUAAAGGUGUUGGACCUCAGGGGGAAAUUCAAGAGGCCUCCACUGCGUCGCGUUCGUGUGUCUGCUGAUGCGAUCCUCCGUUCGCUGCUGGGCUCAAAGCACAAAGUCUCUAUGGACCUCCGAGCUAACCUCAAGUCUGUUAAAAAGGAGGACACUGAGAAGAAGAGACCAGUCGAGGACAGUGACUGGAGGAAAAAUGUGGAAGCCAUGUCAGGAAUGGAGGGAAGAAAGAAGAUGUUUGAUGCCGCCAAGGGUUCGGCUCAGUGAACGCAGAAUACGAGUUCCUCUUGCACGUGAAUCCGCUUUCCCACCAUCCUUUCCUAUCAUCCUCAGCAAAUGUCCUUAUCACUCAUGGCUACAUCGACGGGCUUUAACUGUUUACUGUGUACUUCUCCACACUCGGAGUUGUGAUCAGUAAAUAAAUCUAAAUUCUAAUAAA